UGGCGAGGCAGCGCCGGAAGAAGCUUUUGCGUGCUCAGAGAAGGGACGCUUCUUCCAGCUGUGGAGGUAGGGAGUCGGCGGCUGAUGAUUUUGGAAGUAAAUUUGUGGCAAAACCAAGAGAGACACUUGGCUUUAAAAUCUUUGUGGGCAGCCGGGAGAGGUAGCACACUCCUGCCCUCUGAGCGCUUGGAAGCAGAGGCACUAACAAUGGACGCUCAGAAAGAUGUUCAACCACCAAAGCAGCAGCCAAUGAUAUAUAUUUGUGGAGAGUGUCACACUGAAAAUGAGAUAAAGUCCAGGGAUCCAAUCAGAUGCAGAGAAUGUGGAUACAGAAUAAUGUACAAGAAAAGGACUAAAAGAUUGGUGGUUUUUGAUGCUCGAUGAAAUGGGGGAGUUCAGAAGUGUCUUCAUUCAUACAUUUGCCUCAUUGACGUUUCUCUUUAAUGUAUAGCAUUUGGCUUAGUGUACUUAAUGACUACAACUGUAUGCCUAUGAUUUCAUUUAGAAAUACAAUUGUAUUUUAAUACUUUGUAUAAAGGAAAUUUUGGUUCAAUAUAUGGCUUAAUUUAUUGUUCUUGUAAUUCCUCACACAGUGAAGAUUAAAAGUGUUUCCCCAAA